AGAAAAAUAUUAUAUUGUGAAAUUGUGUUUGUUGGGUAAGAAAUAUAGUGCUGCCGUACUAGAUUUUUGCUUCUAUAACUUGGCAUCACUAUUUAGUUAACGAAAAACUGUGUAUAUGACAAAGAAUACAGUAAAAGUCAAACAAAACGAAGACAAAAGGAAGUUUGACAUUCAUUACUAAAUAAAACAUCUUUUAUAUGUUUUUUGUUGCUUUUAUGCGAUAACAUACAGAUAAGAGAACAAUAUUAUUUGAAACUACGUAAAAAAUAAUCGUAUAUUAACAAAUCUACCAGGUUAAUCAAAUCAAUAUGUCACAGGAAGAGGCUACACCUGUUAAUCCCAAUGAUUUGAAAGAUUUAAAGGAGCGUAUGAAACUUAUAGUGGAUGCCGAUCCCAAGCAAUACCAUAAUGAAUAUUCAUUAAAGCGCUAUUUAAGAGCGUUUAAAACAACUGAUGAAGCUUUCCAAGCUAUACUUAAAACCAACAGAUGGCGCGAACAAUAUGGAGUUGAGAAUUUGGAAAAUUUAACUGAAUUACAAAAACACAGUAAUAAAGCCCGAGUUUUAAGACAUCGUGACUGCAUUGGUCGGCCUGUUAUUUAUAUUCCAGCCAAAAACCACAACUCUAGUGACCGCGACAUUGAUGAAUUGACGAAAUUCAUUGUCAAAUGUUUGGAAGAGGCAUGUAAGAAAUGUUUCGAAGAAGUCACCGACAAUCUGUGCAUUGUUUUCGAUUUGGCGGAAUUCAAUACCUCCUGCUUAGAUAUGCAAUUGGUAAAGAAUAUGAUAUGGCUAUUGAGUAAACAUUACCCAGAACGUUUGGGUGUUUGUUUAAUAGUCAACUCUCCGGGGCUGUUUUCUACAGUCUGGCCACUAAUUCGUCAAUUAAUUGAUGAUAAUACAGCAAAGAAAGUUGUAUUUGUAAAUGACGAAAUAGAUUUGUGUAAAUAUUUAAUACCUGAUAUUUUGCCUACAGAUAUGUAAACGAGGUCUUAAAAAAUAUUCUUAUUAAGAACAGAGCUUUUAAAGAUUAAAGAAAUUGAACGUAAUAGCUGACAAAAGCUAAAGUAAAUAUAUAUAUAUGAUUCGGCAUGGCUUGUUUUGAUUUAUCUAAAUCAAUUUUUUUAAUCGGUAAUAUCAUUUCUAUUAUUUUUCUUAUUUAUUUAAAAAAUUGCAUUCUUUACAAGUUCUAACUUACACGAAAGUACAAUAUGCUACAAUAUUGUUUUCUAACACAAGAAAUUUGUACCUUAAAUUAACAUUAUAAACCUACAUUCCCAUAUUUGAUAUAGAGAUUAUGUAUAAAAUAAGCUAAUAGGAAACUAAGUAACAGCAAAAUAUCCCGUCUAAUAAAUAAACCAAAUAGAACUGAUUCACUCAGUAAAAAACAUGUCUGUAAUCUAAUCUAUAUACUGCAUAUGAAUCUACAUAUUAUAUUAUUGUACUUGUUUGUAUGUAUGUUUGUGGAUAUAUUUAUGUAUAAAUAUAAAAAAUAUAUGUAUUUGUUAUCUAUAUAAAGUAUAUAAUGUAACAACUAUUGAUGUUUAUUUGUGUAAUAUUGAGUUUGAAAAUACUUGUCCAAUAAAUGCUUUUAAUGAGUGCAAUAAUAAUGUUUAAAAAUAAAUAUAAAAUGUUAAAA